AUGGCGUCCAAGUUGAAUACGGAUUGUUUGGAGGAAAUUUUUGGAUUUUUAAAGUUGGAUGGGAUGGAUCACGAAACAACAUUACGAUCAUGUAUUUUACAUCCAUGUAUCUUGGUUAAUCGACAAUGGUGUUUUAGUGUGGUCAGAUUAUUAUGGAGUAACCCGUGGCAUUUUAGAAAAGAUCUUGAAUGUGUCACUCCCAGCAUAAUCAACACAUACAUUUCAACAUUUUCUAAAGAAUCCAAAGAAAGGUUAAUAGAGAACAAGAUAAUUCUACCAAAAGAAGCGACAACGCAACCAACAUUUAAUUAUGCCUGGUUCUUGAGAAAUUUACAUUUGUUUCAUUUAGAAAUGACAUUAAAAUCAUGGUUUCAAUCCUUUCAACAACAACGACAGGGUGGCGAUAUUACAAUAUCAGGAGGGAUUUGUUCAAUAAAGUAUAAACUUGUCUUUGAAGAAUUGUUAAAUAAUUUCUUUAGAACAUCACCUUGUAUAUUAAAGUUAAGUAUUUCUGCUUAUGAUAAUAUAACCUAUUUAACAAAUUCUAUUGAACAAACUCCAAAAUCGAUCGAUUGCUUAGCCUAUUUACGAUAUUUUCGAAGUAGUGGUGAUCUUCCUUCGAUGCCAAAAUUAUUUUCCCUUCUUUCCAACAUAAGUCCAAACCUUUUAAAAUUACAAAUUGAUCGUUAUAUAAUCACGGAAGAAUUGGCGGAUUUAAUUAAUGCUCAAAAAAAUUUAAAGGAAAUUUUUUUUCACAAACAUCCAAGUUUAAGACAUCGUCCGUUAUCUUUAUCGAAUAAUAAGAUAGCGCAAAUGUUUUCAAAUUUUGAAAAUUUAAGAGAAUUGUAUAUUAAAAUCUGUGGUGGAAUGAAAUAUACUCGGGAGGAAUUAUUACCCUUGGCCUUCAUUUCUUUAAAUCAUUUACAAAAAUUCUUUUGGCAUUCAACUCAUUACAUUUACUUAGAUUUGUUUCCAAACUUUUUUAGAAAUAAUGGAAAACAUUUGAAAGAUAUUACCAUUAAAGGGUUUAUGAUUUCGGAUUCAGAAAAUGCUGGGUUAUUAAUCAAUAGCGUAGCGAAGCAUUGUGUUAACUUGAGAUCUUUCUCUGGACCGAUUUUAAUAGAAAAUGUGGCGGAAUUAACAAAGUUGUUGGAAAAUUGUAAUGAAUUACAAAGUUUAUCAUUGCAUCCUUCAAGGAAAAAAUGUUAUGGACCACAAAGGAAAGGAUAUUUCGAUGAUUUGAUGAACGUUUUGAUUGACCAGCAAGGCGUUCAUCUAUCGGAAUUGAUAUUAGCUUACAGUUGGACCUUUAAUAUCGGAUAUUUUGAAAGGUUAAUGAAGAAAUUUGAAAGAUUGCAAAAGAAAAAAUUUAAUUUUGUUUGUGAUGUGAAUAUUUUGAGGGAUCCUAAAUUUGACAACAUUGUAAAUAGAUUCGUGGAGUUGGGUAUUUUAAAAGAAAUCGAUACCGGUUAUGUUGAAUUUGGUUAUUAG